GUGGGCGUGACAGUUGAGUAUAUGUAAUGUAAGAUUAGAUCCCAAGACUCUGACACCACGCAACCGGUAACCCUCCACUUUCACAACCCAUCACAUUACCUGCUAUACCCGGUUACUUCUGAAUCAUUCUUCUUCAUCAUCAUCAUCAUCAUCCAAAUUAUUAUAAAAAAACAUACAAGUUUCAAUUCAACCUCAUCGACAUCGCUUCUAACUUCCACCCUCCCUCUACGCUCAUCGUCUUCGAUGGCAGGAACUGAAGAUGAAGUGGAAAAAGCUUCUCGCAGUAACGAUUGGGAGGUUGUAUCUCUCACUGCAUCAACUUAUGCAGCCGCACCUGGUCCUAAUAAAGUUGAGUUGAAGGAUGAUGACAAGGAAGAUGCAUAUGGUCCAAAUGAUGCUGAGACAUCAAACGCUUUGUUCAUGUCUGGUCACUUUGCUUUUCCACCCAGUCGGCAUGAAAAUUUGCCAUUGGUACCUGACUAUGGAGAGAUUCAAAAUGUAUCUGGAGACAAAGAAAAUGCCGUUGAAGAGACUCGUGAAGAAACGACCAGGCCUAGUGGAAAGGAUGAUGAAAACUUGACAUUAGCAGGGUUGGAUGUUGUGUCAAAGGAAUUUGAGGGUAUGCAAUAUUAUGACGAGAAAAUUCAUGGAAAACAGUUUAAGGAAGGUACAACUCUACCGGAUUUUGGUUUGGCCGUAAAAGAGGAAAGUAUGUAUCACCCUGCAAAGUACACUUCUUUUCCCAGUGAAACAGAUAUCAGCACUGUGAUAGCAUAUGGUGAAAGCAUAGUUGAGUCUGAAACAACCGAAUCAGCAGAGCAAGAGACAAAUGUUUCUCCUGAUGAUUUAUCACUGCCUAAGAACUCUUCCCAAGAUGACAAACAGAAUCCUUCAGAUCUUCCUUGCGGAGCUUGGUGGAAGCGAAGAGCUGCCUCCAUAUAUGCUCAUGCAAAGGAGGCUAAUACAUUUUGGUCUGUUUUCAUUGCAGCAACAGUGAUGGGUCUGGUGAUGCUUGGUCAACGCUGGCAACGCGAAAAAGCUUUACAGCUUAAGUGGCAAAUCAGCAUCACUGAUGAGUAACCGUUUAUGCAGGCAAAGAGCAGGGCGCUUUCUCCCAUGAUUCGACUCAAAGAUGUGAUUGUUGGUGGCGGCCACCGCCGUGGCUCCUUUAUUAGGGAAAGCCCCUCUGCCGAAAUUUAAGGUAAAGAUGACACCAUGAAUGUAGCUCCUAGCCGUAAAGUCUAAAAGCUAAGAUAAUGACGAAAAAUUGAAUGUCAGAGAGGUUGAGAAUGAGAAAUAUUACGCUUGUGAAGUGUGGAUUUGAUACUAGGAUUUGCUUGACCUUUACCAAAUUAUGAAUUGUUCAAACAUUUAUAUUGUUAAUUUUCCUGAUAUUUUCCUUGAUUUGCAUUGUAUAGCACCCGUUGUAUUCAACUUAUUAAGUUAUGUAUUCUUGCUAUGUGGAAUUGGCAGAGUAUACACCAAAUAUCACAUGUAAAUAAACUAAUGAAGUGAUUGUUUUUA